UUCUCAGUCCCUUUCCGCUAAAAUCUAAGUAGGAAGUCAACGUGCCUAAGGUGCUCGGUUCUUCUCUUGAAGCUAAGGCCCUGAAUCCGGCGACUAGCACCACUAAAAUUAGGCAUCCGACACCAAAACUAUAACAUCUACAUAGAAAGAUGGCAUCUGUAUCUGAACUCGCUUGUAUUUACUCUGCCCUCAUCCUCCACGAUGAUGAAGUCACCGUCACAGUAAGUCCCGCUUACAGUAUCCGCUUAAAAUGGCGCCUUGGCUGGCCUCUGUAGCUAACCAGGCAUAUUUGGAAGACUGGUUCUUAUCUGUAGUGUCUAAGUGAAUACGAAGUGAUAGUACGCCAGUUUUACAUAAUUGCAGGUAGUUGUCCAAAAUGAUAGCUUACUAGCCGUCAAUGUCACUAGCUAGCUAACAUGCUAUCAGUUAACGUUAGCUAACAUGAGUUAGCUAGCCGGUGCCGCAGCCAUCAGGAGUCUUCUAGUCUAGUCAACAAUGUGCUGUUGCUGGAGCCAUUGCUAAUCUAGCACGCAAACUAGCUAACCCCGGUGCCUUAGUCAGUUAUGUUUAUGGAAAAUUGCUAGCUAACCAACGUUGACUAUUCGGCACAUUAUUUGCCCACACCUUGAUAUCUUCUUGGCGCUAACGUUAGCAUGUUAACGCUGGUGAAUGGUCACAUGUGAAUGCGAUGAAGGCAGCCAACGUUGGCUGGGGUUUCUUCCCACUUCUUCCCACUUUUGGCUUUUACCAGCUAACUUGUACUGACCUGAUAAAGGCUAAACAACACCAGCCUGAUGGUAGUUUUGUCUUCAUGUUUGUAGAGGUCUGUGAUGUGUAUUCUAAUCUUUCCCCAUGUGUUUGCAGGAAGACAAACUGAUGGCUCUCAUCAAGGCUGCCAAUGUGACUAUUGAGCCUUUCUGGCCUAGUCUGUUCUCCAAGGUGAGUCUGAAGCCCUUUUCUCCAGCACCUUACACGCAUACAACAGGGUUAUGCCUUUGUAAUUGGGGAAAUCUGCUGCGGCUUUUUACAUUAGAAUUUUUUUGUUAUCCAUUUUUUAUGUAACACUUAUUUUUCUUAACUGUGUUGUUGGUUAAGGGCUUGUAAGUAAGCAUUUCACUGUAAGGUCUACACCUGUUGUAUUCGGUGCAUGUGACAAAUACAAUUUCAUUUCAUCCUCUGUGGAGCUUCUCAUUUAUUCCUUCAGUGUCAUCCACAUAUUCCUUCAUAUCAAUGGUGUAAGACCUUCUACUAGGUUACUGUUGUGUGUGUGAACAGUUUUUUAUCGAAUGGUGAUGCCACUUAGUUUCUUUCUUGGUGAUGCUCUGACAUGUGGUAGUCAUUCAUAUGUAAAGGCUACAUUGUCUGACCUUAUCCUGCUUCCUGUAUGUGUUACAGGCUCUGGCCAGCGUGGACAUUGGCAGCCUGAUCUGCAACGUGGGUGCCGGUGGAGGAGCUGCACCUGCUGCUGGAGGCGCCGCACCUGCUGCAGAAGCACCAGGUAACAGAAGCCCUGUUCGGACAGGACUAGUAUUACUAGAGCCGUUGGUUAUGUAAUUAUUACCCCAGCAUGUGCGUUAUUCCAGAGAGAUUCUCACAGCCUUAGUUUUUCCAAACCUCCCCUUGUAAUUCAUUAAAAAAAUAUAUGUUUACUCAUGACGGAAACCUGGAGGUUUUUAUUCUAGGUGUGAAUAUAUUAAUGUCUAGACCAUAAUAAGCUACACUGAUAACUCGUGCUUGGUUGCCAAAUGUAUAGGGGUCCCCAUAAUAUUUAAAUUGAGGAAGUGUGAUCAUAAUCUUUAUUUUAGCGAUCCACUUUAGACGUCCCUCAUGAAAAUGCCCCCAAUCCUGCUGUGAGCUUCUGAACAGCGCACUGCACUUGAGAUGCGUUAUGGAUGGAAGUGAACUUGCCAUUUCCAAAAAGUUAAGCUCAGUGGGGAAUCGGGGAUCCACAUUUAGAGCCCAAGUCUCAUUAAAUAGGCCUAGGCGCAGUACCUUUUUUGCACAUUUAAUUAAACCAACGCAUUUGGCGAUUAACUUCAAUUCAUUAACACAAUGUAGCUUUGUUGACGGGCCGCCCCAAGGUGGUAAGGGUAGGCAACAACACAUGCCACGCUGAUCCUCAACACUGGGGCCCCUCAGGGGUGCGUGAUUAGUCCCCUCCUGUACUCCCUGUUCACCCACGACUGCGUGGCCAAACACAAUUCCAACACCAUCAUUUAAGUUUGCUGACAACACAACAGUGGUAGGCCUGAUCACCGACAACGAUGAGAGAGCCUAUAGGGAGGAGGUCAGAGACCUGGCCGUGUGGUGCCAGGACAACAACCUCUCCCUCAAUGUGAGUAAGACAAAGGAGCUGAUCGUGGACUACAGGAAAAGGCAGGCCGAACAGGCCCCCAUUAACAUUGACGGGGCUGUAUUGGAGCGGGUCGAGAGUUUAAAGUUCCUUGGUGUCCACAUCACCAACAAACUGUCAUGGUCCAAACACCAAGACAGUCGUGACGAGGGCACGAUAACACCUUUUCCCCCUCAGGAGACUGAAAAGAUUUGGCAUGGGUCCCCAGAUCCUCAAAAAGUUAUAAAGCUGCACCAUCGAGAGCAUCCUGACCGGUUGCUUCAUCGCCUGGUAUGGCAACUGCUCGGCAUCAGACCGUAAGGCGUUACAGAGCGUAGUGCGUACGGCCCAGUAUAUCACUGGUGCCAAGCUUCCUGCCAUCCAGGACCUAUAUACUAGUCGGUGUCAGAGGAAGGCCCAAAAAAUUGUCCGACUCCCGUCACCCAAGUCAUAGGCUGUUCUCUCUGCUACUGCAUGGCAAGCGGUACCGGAGCGCCAAGUCCUUAACAGCUUCUACCCCCAAGCCAUAAGACUGCUAACUAUACCUACAUGUACAAAUUACCUCGACUAACCUGUACCCCCUGUAUAUCGCCUCGUUAUUAUUUUGUUAUAUAUAUUUUUAAACUUUAGUUUAUUUAGUCAAUAUUUUCUUAGCUCUUUCUUGAACUGCAUUGUUGGUUAAGGGCUUGUAAGUAAGCAUUUCACUGUAAGGUCUACACCUGUUAUAUUCGGAACAUGUGACAAAUAAAAGUAGAUUUUUUUUUAUACGUUUAGGCCAUUCAUAUUAAAUAUAUGCACAGCACUUGUUUUCUUGCUCAAACUGCGUGCAGCACCUGUCAAACUCUGUAAUGUUACACUCCUGCCAUGUAAAAAUUGACAUUGCAGAUUUGGACGGGACUAAAGUUACAUAUGUGAUUUGUGCUCGUGCACAUAAUCCGUUUUUCUCACACAGCCCACCUGCCCUUCUUCCGACACUAAAGCUGCAAGUUGGAAGCAAGACGCUUUUUCGUAGCAAUUAAGUAGUAGAUUCCCAAAUGCCCAAUAAAAAUACAAGUCAUUAAGCUGGAAUUAUGUAGUAAUGCGAAUAGGAAAUGUUUGUUCACCAGUAGGCAUGUCCCAGAACUCUGCUCAUCACUACUCAAUUUUAGUGCAUGAAAAAGCACUUGAAUUUGAAUUGCCACUGUAUGUGCGAACCCUGAGCAUGGUCUCCAUGUGAGCCCGCGCUUACUACUAUCAGUGGUUUAAAAACUGACUCCCAUGUGUGAUCACUUCCUGUUACGCCCACGACAAGGAUUCAGACCACCUCUGUUUCAAACAUCUCUGGCGCCAGCAAGGCCGGAGAUAGUGGCAUGGUUUCCACUAGAGCACUGUCCGGAUUUUCAGGGCAUCAAGCAGUGACUGGUGUUUAUCCCUUUCCCUUUAUUUGCCCAAUUUGUCUAAUGGGUUUAUUACACCUCAUUUCUUGGCCUAAAUCAGACAUUAUGGUAAAGUCAACUGCUUAGUGGUCAUUUUUGUGAAUUAAAUUACAGUUUUAACUUGAAGGAUAUUUCUUGGUACGUGUACUGAUGCCAUACCUUGUUUCCUGCAUUACAGCCAAGGAGGAGGAGAAGAAGAAGGAGGAGAAGGAGGAGUCCGAGGAGGGUUCCGAUGACGACAUGGGCUUCGGUCUUUUCGACUAAACCGGUUUUUGUAACAAAUAAAAUCAAAGAAACUGAACUGGCAAUA